AUGGUGCUCAUGCAUGAAUACAAGAUGCCGAAUGCACAAGACCGGUCCGACGAUGCUGAAUCCGAUGACGAUCUCGACCUCGAUGAACUUGACCCGGAGGCUUCUGUGCCUCUUCACAACGGUCAUAGUCCUAAAAUUGGAGGAAGGGUUGGCACCACUCCACUAUAUGGGCCUGGUAUAGCAUUGAGGAACUUGCGAACUGGAGCUCGGGAUCGCAUAUGGAAUCGCGGUGCAGCGAGAUCAAGCCAACAGGAUGGCGAAGAAGAUAUUGAUAGCUUGCUUGAUGACCACGAUGGUGGCAAUCAGGAAGUUUCAGGAACUAGUUCGAUAUAUGCUGAAGCUGAUAUGCCCCUUCUUAAUGGACACAGUCAGCCUCGAUCAACCCCUGCGGCAUACAGAAGCAUAUACUCACGGCUUGGCUCCAAGCUCCCCUUUCUCAGAUUUGGCUCCGCGCUGUCACUUGAUAAUUCGCCUGAUAGGCCUGUCGAUCCGCCAUUACACUCCAGCCCCGAUCACCAAGCAACACGACAAGUGCUUGUUGGGCAAACUCAACCAACUCGUUAUCCCGCCAAUGUUGUAUCAAACGCCAAAUAUACCCCGUGGAGCUUCCUCCCCCGCACGCUCUACAAUGAAUUUUCCUUUUUUUUCAACAUUUACUUUCUUCUGGUGGCAUUAUCGCAGAUAAUACCCGUUCUAAGAAUCGGCUAUAUGUCCUCUUAUAUUGCGCCUCUGGCCUUUGUAGUAUCGAUUUCACUAGGAAAAGAGGCUCUGGAUGACAUUUCUCGGCGACGAAGAGAUGCAGAAGCAAACGCAGAAGAAUACACUGUCAUAUCAUAUACCCCGUCAUCUUCCCGGAAACCAGUCGUCCGAAAUAGGUCUACAGUUUCUGAUCAAGACUCUGGUCUGCCUGGAACUAAAAUUUUCGAGAUCACAAAAAAGUCCCGUGAUUUGAAGGUUGGGGAUAUUUUGAAGCUACAGAAGGAUCAACGUCUUCCUGCUGAUGUAGUCAUUCUGAAAAGCGCCUUGCCAGAAGUUUACGCUUCUCAGGAUGCUAAUCCAACUACAGAGCCAGGCGACAGAAACCAUGACGAAAAUGCUGCGGAAUCAACUGGCGACCCCGAUCUACUUCUGCCAACCCAUGAAUCCGCUAACAAUCUUGAUGGGUCAAACGAUACCUUUAUACGAACAGACCAGCUGGAUGGCGAGACAGAUUGGAAAUUACGUCUUCCUUCUCCUCUAACGCAGAAUUUACCCAUCUCUGAGCUGCAUAGGAUACAGAUCAUCGCAGGCGAACCUGAGAAAAGCGUACAUACUUUUGUUGGAACUAUUUCUCUAUCACCCCAUACUCAUAGUUCUUACGACCCUCAUAUCAACAAAACCGAUGCAGCAGCUCAUUCCGCAACAAAUCCGCUGUCGACCGACGUUCAUCCUCAAAGUCUCUCCGAGCGACAGUCGGCUCCUCUUACAAUCGACAACACUGCUUGGGCCAGUACAGUUCUUGCGUCAAACACAAUAACAAUCGCGGCAGUAAUUUACACUGGGGCUCAAACUCGAUCAGCUAUGUCGACAUCACCGUCUCGUUCGAAGGUCGGAUUGCUCGAAUACGAAAUCAAUAGCCUGACGAAAAUUCUCUGUGUUUUAACGUUAUCCCUCUCCGCAAUUCUUGUUGCUCUGCAAGGUUUUGAGGGUACGAACGAUAAGCCAUGGUAUAUUGCCAUUAUGAUAUAUCUGAUCCUCUUUUCCACCAUUAUUCCUAUGAGUUUACGCGUUAACCUGGACAUGGCAAAGUCUGUGUAUGGGAGGUUUAUUGAGCGAGAUGCUGGUAUUCCAGGCACUGUUGUCAGAACCAGCACCAUUCCAGAGGACCUGGGAAGGAUAGAGUAUUUGCUCUCUGAUAAAACCGGGACCCUAACCCAGAACGAAAUGGAACUCAAGAAAAUCCAUGUCGGAACGGUUUCUUACGCGAAUGAGGCGAUGGAUGAAGUGGCGUCUUAUCUUCUGCAAGUCUUCUCUAUAGCCGCCUCUGACCAAUCAUCGCUCGUAACCCCGACAACUAUAAAUGGUGUCCACACUGGUUUGGCUUCAACGACACGGACUCGACGAGAGAUUGGAUCUCGCGUCCGAGAUAUAAUCCUGGCUCUCGCGCUCUGUCAUAAUGUUACUCCAACAACGGACGAGCAAGACGGAGAGAGAGUGACAACCUACCAGGCUUCGUCCCCUGAUGAGAUUGCGAUUGUGAAAUAUACACAGGAAGUGGGACUCCAGUUAGUACACAGAGAUAGGCAAAGGAUUGUUCUCAAGUCAGUAAACACUGGCAACGUUGUUGUGCGUGUUCGGAUUCUGGAUAUAUUCCCUUUUACUUCUGAUAGCAAGCGCAUGGGCAUUAUCGUUCUAUUCGAACAAGGUUCCGAUUUGGACAAAUCAACAGCGCAGGAUGAGGAGAUUUGGUUUUAUCAGAAAGGCGCUGACACCGUCAUGUCUUCUAUUGUUGCCGCUAAUGACUGGCUCGAUGAGGAGACCGCAAACAUGGGAAGAGAAGGACUUCGUACUCUGGUCAUUGGCAGGAAAAAACUCUCUCAAGCGCAGUACAGAGACUUUUCAACCAGCUAUAAACAGGCUUCACUGUCCCUACACAACAGAGACACCGAAAUGGCACGAGUUGCCCAACAAUAUCUGGAGCAGAAUCUCGAGCUUCUGGGCGUCACCGGCGUUGAGGACAAGCUCCAGAAGGACGUCAAACCGUCUCUCGAACUCCUUCGCAACGCAGGUGUGAAAAUAUGGAUGCUUACAGGUGAUAAAGUUGAAACGGCACGUUGCGUGGCUGUGUCCGCGAAACUUGUUGCAAGAGGCCAAUAUAUCCACACUGUCACCAAGCUAAAAGGCAAAGGGUCUGCCCAGGAAACGCUCGACUUCCUCCGGAACAAAACGGAUUCGUGCCUUCUGAUCGACGGUGAAUCGCUUGCCCUUUUGCUUUCCCAAUUUCGUACUCCCUUCAUAUCAAUCGCCGUACUUCUCCCUGCCGUGAUUGCCUGCCGCUGCUCCCCAACACAGAAAGCCGAGAUCGCCUGUUUAAUCAGGGAACAUACCAAAAAACGUAUCUGCUGCAUCGGCGAUGGCGGCAAUGAUGUCUCCAUGAUCCAGGCCGCAGAUGUCGGUAUUGGAAUUAUUGGCAAGGAAGGUCGACAGGCCUCACUGGCUGCCGACUUCAGCAUAACACAAUUCCAUCACCUCACAAAGCUUCUUGUCUGGCACGGGCGAAAUUCAUACAAACGCUCUGCCAAACUCGCUCAGUUUAUCAUGCACCGCGGUUUAAUCAUCAGCGCUUGCCAGACCAUGUACAGCAUUGCGGGCCACUUCGACCCCAAGGGGCUGUUUAUCAACUGGCUGUUGGUCGGUUAUGCUACGGUCUACACAAACGCGCCAGUCUUCUCGCUUGUUCUGGACCGCGACGUCGACGAGGAGCUAGCAAAUCUGUACCCUGAACUGUACAAGGAAUUGAAAACGGGGCACAGCCUCAGUUACCGCUCGUUCUUCACCUGGGUCCUCGUCAGUGUCUACCAGGGCUCAAUAAUCCAAGGUCUUGCACAGAUUCUCGUCGGGGAGGUCACCGGGCCGAAAUUGAUCAGUGUCUCGUUUACAGCGCUGGUGUUGAAUGAGCUGGUCAUGGUAGCUGUGUCGAUAACGACGUGGCAUCCCGUGAUGAUCCUGUGUAUUGCCGGCACUGCCGUCGUCUAUGCGGCCAGCGUGCCAUUCCUGGGUGAUUACUUCGACUUGAAUAUGUGGUUACCUUGGCAUGGGUGUGGCGGGUUGUUGUUGUUGCUGCUGUUGCGCUCGUGCCUGUCUGGGCUGUAA